AUGUCGGGCCUCAGCGCGUUGGAGCUGCCGCCGGAGGCACUCCACGCUGGGGAUACGGUCGAGUAUUUCUACCGCGCCUACGUCUGUGGCGACCGCAGAGGGUAUCGCCGCGCCGUCGUCACUCGUGCUGACGGCGGUGCCGACGUUGACUUCCCCGUGGCGGUAAACACGGGGGAGCCGAUCCCGAGGGGCAUGAUGCUCAAGAGAAUGGCAGACUGUUUCGGCACCCCCACCCGGGGAGACCAAGUGGCGGCCAGCGCGCUGAAUAGUUCCCUGCAAGCAGCAGUCGUAGCGGCAUACGAGGCCGUUUGUGAAGAAGGUGAACAUGUACUGGAGGAGAUUGUGCCGAAAACGCCACACAGCAGUGCGAGCAGCUCUCCUAACUCGCUCACAUACCAAGAGCCCGUGGUACCGCCCAGCACCCCACCGCGAGUAACUACUACGGAUUCAGUCCAUGCUGGAGGGUCUACGGAGUUGGAUGCAUCUUUUCCAAGUGAGGGAGAAUCUGGACUGAGAGAGAUAAUUGACCUAGUCUCUACCGGGGAGAGCAGCGGCAUGCUGUCCGAUUCCGACGCUGCUGACUACGUCCAGGCGAUACCUAACCGACAUGCCCGCGACAAGAUCCGCCACCAAGCAAAGAAGAAGAGGGAACAGUGGCUAGUUCCAAGAUCUCGAAAACGCAGACACCUGGCAAGAUGUGCGGUGACGAGGAGCGGCUCCAAGAUAUGCCACGAGAUGACGGUCAAGGCGGUGAAGUUUAACGAACUGACUGUAGCAUGGCCACCGGAGAUCGAGAAGAUCACCACGUGCAAGCACAACGGCGUUAAGUUUCCAGAUAUUGGAAGCCUGGGCGCCUUUUGCAGCAACGCACCUCGCACACUAAGCUCGUUGAAGCUGUUCGAUACGGGCCGUGUGGGCCUUGGCGUGUACACGACCACGGCUCUCGAUGUCGGAGACGUGCUGGGAGAGUACCGUUCCAUCAAAAAUAACUACCUCUACGUCGACGCCCAGCGAUGUGGAUCGAUUACGAGCUUGAUCUCUCACUCCUGCGAGCCGAACGCUGCCUUUGUGGAGCAGCAGACGCGCUCUCGCGUCCGGAUGUUCGUGAAGAUGAUCAAGGGCGUUCAGCCAGGCGCACCGAUCACCGUGCACUACGGCAGCGAGCGGUGGUUCAAGUGCGACUGCGAUCGCUGCUCGAAGGAGCCGAGCGGAAUUGAAGAAAGCAGUGACGGCGA